AAACGAACGCACUUUUAAUUCACAAUAUCGGCUUCUCAUUUCAUUUAUAAAUUCAUUUACAUUCUUCAUAAUAAAAAACCAAUGCAUCUUUGUCGCAUCUCACUUGUUUCAAUUGCAGCGCUUUCACAUGCCACCCAGGCGCAGUCCACACCGAGUGCUGUGCGUGGCGUGGACCCACAAUUGGCAGCCAAGUACGUGUCGAACAGCAAAGGAACCUUUGUCUGCCUCGAUGGCAGCGCAGAGAUUCCCUUCGGGCGAGUCAACGACGACUACUGCGACUGCCCUGACGGAUCCGAUGAACCCGGCACGUCGGCGUGCAACAACGGGUCAUUCUACUGCCAGAACCACGGCCAUAUCCCAGCGCGCAUCCCGUCCUUGCGAGUCAACGACGGCGUCUGCGACCCACAGUGCUGCGACGGCUCGGACGAGUGGGAAACGGGACUAUGCGCUGACGUAUGCGAGGAUGUCGGGCGGCAGCACAGACAGAAAAUGGAUGCCCAGCGCGGUGCCGAGACCAGGGGCGCUCGGAGGAGGGCCGAGCUCGCCGAGGAGGCGCAGGGGAUGCGGCUUGGGAAGGAGCGCGAGUGGGCCGAGAAAACAGAGGCGCUGAAGCGCGUCGAGGCUGAGCUUUCUGCGGCAGAGACAGAGAAGCUGGCGCUGGAGGAGAGCCAGCGCGUGGUAGCGGAGAGCCGGCGAGAGAGCCAGCGCCAGGCGCUGUACGACGAGCAUUUGCCUGAAUUGGUUGCUCUGCGCCGCCACGUGUCGGCCGAGCUGCACCGCUGGCGCGCCCACCGCGACUCACUCGUUCUGCUUCUGAGAUCGGUGCGCGCCAGCCACAACCCUGAGUUCAACGACCAGGCUGUGGCCCAGGCCAUUUCAGCCUACGCUGAGUUUGUCGACACGCACUCGGAUGCCGAGAGCGCCGCGCUGGCGCAUGCCAAUGAGGACGCGGCCGAUCGCCACGAGCGUGAGCGUUUGAUCGACGAGGGCGGCAGUAAGCAAGAUGACGUGGACUACGAGGCGUGUCGCAAGGCGCUGGACUCGCUAGAGAGCGAGCGCAGGGCUGUCGAGGAUGACGUGUCCACGCUUGUUGCCUUGCUGGAGGAGCUGCGAGCCGGGUACAACAAAAACUACCAUGAUCUGGCCGUCAAGGCUGCUGUCGGCGGGCUUGGUGAGCUUGAGCUUGUGCGUGAGAAGGACCUGGCCGAGCUGGCCACGCUGGCUGAAAACGUCGGCAUCGACGGCGUGCGCAUGCGUGCUGCCGAGGCGCAGUCCAAGAUUGCCGCGGUCUUGUCCGACUCUGAAGGCAACGGCGAUGGCGACGGCGACGGCGACGGCGAGUCGGCUCAGGAGGCUGACGGCGAGUCGCUCGACCAGCAGGUGGCCGACGCGCGGACGCUGUUCUGGGACCUGCAGAGCGAGAAGAACACGCUAAGCAGCGCAGUCAGCAACCUGCGCGAGCUGCUCGACAAGGACCUCGGCCCCGGCGAUAUCUACCUGCCACUUAACGACAAGUGCUUCUCACUGGAUGCCGGCGAGUACACGUACGAGGUGUGCCUGCUGGACCGUGCCACGCAGAUCAGCAACAAGGACAAGUCGCGCCAGAGUCUGGGGUCGUUUUCAGGCUUUGGUGAGUUGUCGGCGACUGGUGAGGACUAUGCUGUGCACAAGUACUUGCAGGGCACAAAGUGCUGGAACGGCCCGCACCGCUCGCUGACUGCGUCGUUCACGUGCGCCGAGGAGAUUGCUGUGCUCGCUGUCACCGAGCCCGAAAAGUGCGAGUACCACGCGCGGAUGACCGGCCCAUUCGCGUGCCCCGUCGACGAUCAGGACACUGGAUUAGAGCAGGCGCAGGAGCAAAAGGCCAAAGGCAUUCCGCCCAUGACCGAUGCUGCCGAAGGCCAAACAACAGGCGCUGCAGCGCGCCACGACGAGCUGUAAGCCCCCAAAGGCUGCCGAUUUAAUCCGCUGAUCUGAUCGACCGCUGAUCCUUCGACACAAUAAAAAAAAUAUUGGUAGCCGAUUUUUUUUUCCUCAUUUCUUGCGAGCUCACUCUCACUCUCUCGCUCUCGCUCUCGAUCAAGCCAACUUUGUCCUUGUUUUUUCCUGACUUUUGGCAUUA